AUGGCUAGGAACUCAGUGACCGUGAACAUUUCUCAGCCCGACGCCGGCGGAAGUUGCGGGUCGCGUCGCGACGGCUGGGGCGACGGCGGCUGUGAGCGGAUCGGUGGUUGCAGCGUCUUUGCGUGGGGUGGCCGGACGUUGAGGAAGGCGGAAGACGGCGGAGAUGGGCGGCCUGAAGGUGGCGGGAGGCAGUGGACUGCGGGGAUGGGCUGCCUGAAGUGGCGGUCGCCUCAAUCCUCCGAUCACGCGCCUUACCCUUCUCCUCAUUUUCCUGUGCACCAGCCUUCGCCUUAUCCUGCCCAACCUCACUACCCACCUUCGCAUCCGCUUCCGCCAAGACCGCUUCACGCUCCGCUGUCUUACUCUCAGGAUUGGGGAAGCAGCUGGACUCCGCAACAGAAUUGGCAGUACCAAACAAAUAACAAUGAGGAAGAUUGGGGAGCGAAAGCUAAAGCAUGGCUUGCUGCGAAAGCUGCCACAGAAAAUCAGAACCCUUCUCCGCAAUUUGUAACAGGCGGAGGAACAGAAGAGAAGUAUCAGAACCGUGAGCAAUAUUCACAACGCAGUGACCCUCAAACACAGUUCGCUUCCGCAUCAAACUAUCAACAGUACCCAGGUGCAGUGGGAUCCACAAACCAUACAGGUCUCUGUCAGUUGCAAGAGUCCCAAGAUGCCAGUUCUGGACAAUCUUCUUAUGGUGCAGAUAUGCAUGUGGCUUCUGCUGCUAGAGAUGGAAGCCAUGCUGGAGAUUCAAUUACUCCUAUAAAUCCAUUAGUCCAUCAGCAGGAGGUACCUUCUAGUUAUUCUUCUGUUGCAGGCAAUGAAGAGGUUGGAGAUAGAUAUGAAAAGUUCAAUAGCUCUUCAUCUCUGCCUGUUGCCCUUCUUCCUCAACAUGUGCAGCUGCAGCCACCUGGACGAGAUGGAUGGAUGGAGGAACCUCGUACAUUUGGCCACGUUCCAGCUGAGUCCCCAUCAACUCUGAGAGAUCAACCCUUAAAUUUUGCCCCUCAGUUUACACGUAACCUGAACCCACAUGCACAACCCAAUUAUAAUUAUUCUUCAGGAGCUGUAAGAGGUGGGGAGGCUAUAUCUUCAAACUAUGCAUGGCCAUCUUCUACGGCACCAGGAGCUGCUUAUCCCCUGGUGCCUCCAUCAAACCCAUCAGUUGCACAGGUUGACCAUCCGAUAGCUAUGCCUUCUCCAGCUCCUGGACAUCCUGCUCCUAUGUUUCCUACUGGGCCUACUUUCCAGCCAACAAUUCCUAUGAUAGGAGCUGCUUUUGGUGGAGUGGGAGUAGCACCUUCUCCUACAGCUUUUCCCGUAGAUGCACAUGGUGUUUCUGAGCGCCCUAAGAAGGCAUCAGUACCUAAUUGGCUUAGGGAGGAAAUAAUUAAGAACAAAGCUGUUAUCACAAGUUCUGUCCCAGAGAUUCCCAAAGACGACUCCCAGUCCAUUGAAGAAGAUAGUAUUGGCAAGUCUUCUAGGAAAGGAUAUCAAGGGGAUAGCAAAAGCAUUGAUUCUUCUAGGUCAACUGAAGAUGAGGACGAGGAUGAGAUACAUCAACACAUACAGACGUCCCGCAACUCAUCCGAUCACUCUCCGUUGCUCCACCCAUCGCCACCGCAAAACCACCAGACGCAACGUUCCUCCGACGUCUGCCACAGCCUCGCCAAUCACCGCCGCUCAGCCGCUCGUCACAGACCCACCGCAACAUUGUUGCCGGUCACGUCUCCAUCCCGACAAGCGAAGAUUCAUCGUGACGCCGUCAUCGUC